UGUUUUGGUGUGUUUCAAUAUUUUUCACUAAUUUUCACCAAAAAAAAAAAGCUGGUCCACCCAAAAUCAAGAAUUGGGUGAUAAAAAAUAAUGGGGAAAAAGGAAAAACCAGAAUUGGGUAGUAUCACUUUCAAGACUUAUAGUAGUUCAUAACGUAAAAGAAUCAAAAAUUGAUGCAUCGUCAAUCAAGAUUUGGACUUUCACCACACAUGAGGAGCACAUCACAACACGUCAGACACAAUUUCACAGCCCAAUUUCAGAAAUUUGAGUUGGGAGCUGCAGCUAAAUCUUCCCUUUACUGGUUUAUGCUUAAAGGCAUUAAACCCUAAAUGGCUGCAAUUCUAGCUUCCUUUAGCUGUCAAGGAAGAUCAGGAGAUGAUCUUAGUUUCUCAGGGAACAUAUCAAACUACGACCAAUCAAGAAUCGACAGAGAUGUUGUCAAAACCAGAAGAAAGCUCCGUAGUUUGCAGGUCGCGAUGGAGUUAUCCACAAACGGGCGAGCAACCAAAAUGGUGAAGGAGAAAUCGGUGUCCAUUAGUUCAUCACGGGGUGUGAAUGGAUCUGCGAAGAAUGUUAAUGGUGGAGUGCUGGUCAAGAGAGAUCCUGCUCCGAGAACACCAAAGGCCAACGAGCUCCCGCCUAUUGAAGGGCUGAAAGUUUUGCCUUCGGACGAAGGCUUCAGUUGGGCCAACGAGAACUAUAACUCAGUUCAGAGAAGUAUAGAUGUGUGGUCCUUUGUUCUCUCCCUUCGUGCACGUGUUUUCUUGGACAACGCCAAGUGGACUUACAUCGGAGGCUUCUCCGAGGAGAAGCAGGUAGGGAGGAGACGGAAAACUGCCUCGUGGUUAAGGGAAUGUGUGCUGCAGCUCGGUCCCACUUUCAUCAAGCUCGGUCAGUUAUCCUCAACGAGAUCUGAUCUGUUUCCUAAAGAAUUUGUCGAUGAGCUUGCAAAGCUGCAGGAUAGAGUACCUGCAUUCUCACCAAGCAAAGCAAAGGGCUUCAUCGAGAAGGAAUUGGGUGCUCCUCUUUAUAUGCUGUACAAGGAGUUUGAAGACCUCCCAAUCGCAGCUGCUAGCCUUGGUCAGGUGCACAGAGCUAUCUUGCAUAAUGGAGAGACGGUAGUGGUGAAGGUCCAGAGACCGGGGCUAAAGAAGCUCUUCGACAUUGAUCUUAAAAAUCUAAAGCUAAUCGCUGAGUACUUUCAAAAGAGCGAAACUCUUGGUGGUCCGACAAGGGAUUGGGUCGGAAUCUAUGAAGAAUGUGCAAAGAUCUUGUACGAGGAAAUCGAUUAUGUUAAUGAAGGAAAGAAUGCUGAUAGAUUUCGUCGCGACUUUAGAAAUAUAAAGUGGGUCCGAGUUCCUAUGGUGUACUGGGAUUAUACAGCGACGAAAGUGCUGACGUUGGAGUAUGUCCCCGGCGUUAAGAUAAAUCAGUUGGAUAUGAUAGACAGGCGUGGUUACAGUCGAUCUAGAAUCUCUUCGCGUGCUAUUGAAGCCUACUUGAUUCAAAUACUAAAGACCGGUUUCUUUCACGCUGACCCGCACCCGGGGAAUCUUGCCAUUGAUGUCGAUGAAGCCCUCAUAUACUAUGACUUUGGCAUGAUGGGAGAAAUCAAGAGUUUUACAAGGGAGCGGCUGUUGGAUCUUUUCUACUCCGUUUACGAGAAGGAUGCGAAAAAGGUCGUGCAAGGUCUCAUAGAUCUUGGAGCACUUCAGCCCACCGGAGACAUGACAUCUGUGAGAAGAUCAGUGCAAUUCUUCUUGGAUAAUUUGUUGAAUCAAAGACCAGAUCAGCAGCAAACUCUUUCUGCAAUUGGUGAGGAUUUAUUUGCAAUAGCAACAGACCAGCCAUUCCGGUUUCCCUCCACCUUCACGUUCGUGCUGAGGGCGUUUUCAACACUUGAAGGCAUUGGCUACACUCUGAAUCCAGAUUUUUCCUUCCCAAAGAUUGCCGCACCAUACGCUCAGGAGCUCCUAGACUUGAGACAGCAGCGCCCGACUGGACCACAACUCGUUCGAGAAAUAAGAAAACAAGCUGAUGAUGCAAGAUCAACGACUAUCUCCAUGCCUUACCGGAUCCAACGCAUAGAAGACAUCGUGAAACAGCUUGAAUCCGGAGAUUUGAAGCUCAGAGUCCGCGUUCUUGAGUCGGAGAGAGCAGCUCGAAAGGCAACCAUACUGCAAAUGGCAACUAUUUACACAGUCUGUGGAGGCACCUUCUUGAAUCUUGGCGUCACGUUCAUCAAUCAAGGCAGCGAAGCUAUAGCAAGCGGCUCUUUCGUCGUUGCAGGUGUUUUCCUCACUCUGCUCAUUACAUCCAUGCAAAGGGUGAAAAAGCUUGACAAAUUUGAGAAAAUGAUAUGAUGUUUGAUUCUUGUGUACAAAUUUAUUGUAAAGUAACAGAAAUUAUAUAAACACACAUACAUUUUCAUACAUAUUGUUAGAUUCAUACAAAUAGAUAAAUAGUUGUGAAUUGUGAUGGAUGAUGAUUCACCAACAUUCUUUUAGUUGGUCAAUGUUGCCUGAUUCAAUGUAGUUAUUACAAUUGUAAAUUUGUGAAAUAUAAGUUUUCAUAUUCUCUUUUUCUUCUUCUUAAAA